GUUUGUCAACACGGAGAAGAUUGUCGCAGAACAUUGUGCCUGAAACAGCUGAUAUAAUCCUUCAACAAAUCACUUCAAGAUGCUAACAGUUGCUAAACUGAGAGAGAGCAAGGGAAACAAACCGUACUCGCAACCCCUUAAGGUGAAAGUGUGUGGAGUUGGUACUAUUCAAAGGUAUCAAACAGACAAUGGAGAAAAAAAGGAAUGUGCCACAGUUGGACUAGCUGAUUCAACAGAUGCCAUGAAGGGCACUGUAUAUGACACCACGAAACUCAAAUCCCUGAAUGCAGACAACACCGUGAUUCUGAUGAAUUACAUCUACAAGAAUGAAAAUGAACCAACAGUCAUUAUUACCAAAAACACAAAAGUCAUGAAAACAGGAGCCAUGGAGGUUCCACAUGCAACUAUGGAGAAAGGUGCGAGGAUUGCAAAUCCACCACCUGCUAUGACUCGACCCAUUAAGGACAUCAAGACAUUACCUGUGAAGUCCCUGGUCUCUGUCAAGGGCAGAAUUGUGUCUGAGGAUAUGACCAAAACCGUGAAGGUGAAGGGAGUAGAUGUCUGUGUAAAGAGUGUCUCUCUCAAAGACGACACUGACAGUAUUAAAGUUUCCCUGUGGAGGGACUUGAGUGACUCAUCCAUUGUUGGGAAAUACUUGUCAAUAACCAAUGUUGUUGUGACCAACUUCAAUGAAGAGAUCUCUGUUUCAACGACUUCUAAGAGUGUUCUUGAAGAAUGUGAGCCGCCAGUAGUAAAAGUUCAGGGAUCCGUCAUUGGAUUUCAUAAAGCAGAACUCCACAUCUCCCUCCUCAUGAAUGUAAAGGAUGACUACCUAACUUAUGAUGUACCUCUUGAAAUGAUGUCCAAAGCAUUAGAUUGCACUCUCGAAAACUUGGAGAGCGAGAUUGAAAAGAAACUUCCACUCCAGUGCUCUUUU